AUGAAUGUAAAAGUGCUGAUAGUAGAUUUUGGCAAGAUUUUAACUUUAUAUGAAAAAGUUUUGAUUAAUGAAUUCAAAGGUCAGAUUAAAUAUUUAGAACUUUUAAAUCUUCUUGAUCUAAAAAAUUAUCAUGAAAAUGAAAAUUUUUGUCCCAAAGUAAUUAGAUUUUCUGCAAAUACAAAUAUUAGAUUUAUUUAUGAUUUUUGUGAAGAUAAAAAAUUAAAACCUAUAUCAGAACAAAAAUUUAAUAAUACAAAAUUAUUUAGUUCAUUUGUAAAUCAAUUAGAUUAUAUUGGUUCACCUAAAGACUUUUUUAAUUUCAACUUUGAAAUCAAAUUUAAUCAUGAUAUUACAGAAGAAAAAGCAAAAGAAAUAA